GUCGCAAAUGUCUUUUCUGCUGUAACUUUAGCAGGGCUUCGUUGUUUCGAAUCCCACUCCAUAUACACAACAUGAAUACCUACGGUCUGUUAAUACGUACCGGAGCAAGUUGCGAUCGAAUGUUGUUGAGGCGGAACUACUCUGAAAGUCACUGCACGUUCUUACAUGCAUAUGGUUUUUUGUAACUCGUUGUCUCUCCCAGUCGAUACAACAUAUCACCGCCGCUGUUGCGCGUUAAACCAUCUUCUGUUAAAGAUGUGAUGGUUGCAAGUGGAUCGAUGCCAAAUGUUAUUGAAAGUAAGGAAAGCACGACAACGAGCUAGUGGCACUCGUCGAUGAUCACCAUACAUGGCUGACUAGUGCAUUCCGCGCGACUAACGCUUUCUGUCGCUAGUUCUGCGACCCAGAGUACGUGGUCAGCUUAUUCGAUCUAUUUUUGUCUGCUACCACCCGCUAGUCAGCCUCUGCUCACAAGUUAUAAAAGGCACCCUCAACCAGGGAUUGGAACAUCAUCCCCAUCCCUUCGCUCCUUACUUCACACUUCCUAUCCUCCACUCCCUACCCCCCACUCCUUUAUCUUCCACUCUUUACUUGUCACUCGUUGCUUCUUGACUUCGAUGCUCGUCUACACGCUUGCUCUUCUGGCUACGCUCGUGGCAGCGGCCCCACCCGCACCCGCACCCCUCAUUCAAGUCCACGAGUCGCCUGUCUCGCUUGCUCUCACUCGUAGGGUCAAUUCCUUCAAUGCCUCCGGUCCCAAUCUUGCCGAGCGUGAUCGUGCUCGUGCGAAACAUCAGUUCGCAGUGGGGAAGUCUCUAGCCACUAAUGGCAAACGCGAGAAGCGUCAGGGCUCGCUUGCUGUGACUGACCAAACCGUCAUAUAUACAGCUGAAGUCGGAGUAGGAAGUCCGCCUACGAAUUACUCCCUUAUCAUGGACACGGGAUCAAGUAAUACCUGGGUGGGAGCCGACAAGCCUUACAAUCUAUCCAAUCCCGGCCAGCCCACUGGUAAAGAGUUCACCAUCGUAUACGGCUCGGGUUUCGUCUCUGGAUUAGAAUUCACCGACACAGUAACUCUCACCAAUGAACUGGUUAUUACUAGCCAAACCAUUGGUUCAGCACUGGCAGCUGGAGGAUUCCAGGGCGUUGACGGCAUUCUGGGAAUUGGGCCGAUAGGUCUUACGGAAGGAACCGAGUUCCCGUCCAUCACAUCUAAAGUACCAACCGUGACAGACAACCUCUUCUCGCAAGGAAAGAUCCCGCAAAAGGUUGUGGGAAUCUACUUUGCGCCCACGACAUCCCAGUCAGAUACGAACGGAGAAAUGACAUUUGGUGGCGCAGACACAUCGAGGACCGCUGGACCCAUCACUUUUGCACCAAUUACGUCGACUUCACCGUCAAGCGAAUUUUUCGGAAUUGACCAGAGUAUCUCGUACGGCUCCGGCAACGCGGACAUUCUUUCUUCCACUGCCGGUAUCGUCGACACAGGUACUACGUUGACGCUCUUGGCGACCGAUGCAUAUAACAAGUACACGACGAUGACUGGUGCAACGCACGACGACAAUACCGGACUACUCAAGAUCACCCCAGACGAUUAUGCGGAGCUAAAGAGCCUUUUCUUUAGCAUCGCUGGCACGACCUUUGAGUUCACUAAGAACGCACAGACAUGGCCACGUGCUCUCAACGCCGCUAUCGGAGGCACCUCUGACGGCAUUUACUUGAUCAUCGGAGAUCUCGGAGAACAUGGUGGCAGUGGGUUAGAUUUCAUAAGCGGAAUGACGUUCCUCGAGCGUUUCUAUUCUGUCUUUGAUUCUACGAACAAUCGUGUCGGGCUUGCGACCACGGCUCAUACGUUCGACGAGACGAAUUGAGUUUUGUACCCGUGAAAGGCUUUUUCGAAAGGGGUGGCUGACGGCGACCCGCGCUUCUGUUUUGCUUUGUGUUAUGUUGUGACGAUAUCACGAUUAUGACGCGUCGGCUUCCAAGUAAAUAUCCUUUAAGUUAUCGUUAUGUGUGCAUUAGGGCAAUGGGGAAUACCAUCG